AUGCGUUUCGACAUCAUUUUGCUCACCUCCCUGGCGAGCUCUGUUCUCUCUUACCCUGCAGAAGUCGACAUUCAGCGCCGUACUCCCGGUCUCUUGACCCAUACUAUCGGUAAUGCUGCUUCUGAUGUCACCGGAUCGGUUGGCUCCAUUAGCUUUAACGGUUCCACCACCGUCCUGGCUGGGCUAAGUGCUCACGGUGCUGCCGCUCUGGAGGGGGGUGCUCUUGGAUGCACUGCUGGGAAUAUUCACGUUAGUGCUCGUGCUGAGCUGAAGGGAUGGCUGGCUGGCCAGACCCAAAUCUCAGGACCCCUGAAGAAUUCUUUGAUCACUUGGUGUGAAGGCUCCGGAUCUGCUACCCUAAGCGCCGAUGUUAUUGCUGCUCUGUCGGUCUAUAUUCCUACUUGCGCCGACAUUGCUGCCAGUAAAUCUAUCUAUGUCACCGUCGAUGGUAUCUUUUCGUCGAGCGAGCUCUCGUCGACUCUCGUUCUGAGCGCCUCUGCUCAAGCUUCUCUUUCUACUUUCCUUGACGUUCACGCUCACGUUGACCUUGGCACCCAUAUCCAUGCUGGUCUCAGUGUUUGUGCUGCAGGCGGUGUUAUUGCCGGCUUAGGGGCUGAUGUCAAGGCUUCGCUCGUUGCUUGGUUGAACUCCUCCGAUUGUACACUCAAUGCAGCACUUAAGGCCUCUGUCAUCGGCUGGUGCCACGGCACCCACGUCAGCGGACUUGUCGAGAUCGGGAGUAUCUCCAGCACUGCACUGCCUGCCAUCUCCGUCGGUGCCUCUAUCGGCGCUUACGUCGAGGAGGUCGGUGCUCUCUCAGUCUACGCCCAGGAUAUCCUCGCUGCAUUCCUAAACGCCAAGCUAGCCGUUGACAUUGACGCCGAUAUUCUCAUUGCCCUCCAGACUUGUGCUGCUGGCAAGCGCGCCGCCGCCCUCGAUGUUGACGUUCGCACCGCUCUCGCUGUCUGGCUGACCGGCUCUAGCUGCCCUCUCGGAGUCGAGAUGAAGGGCGUUGUUCUGCUCUGGUUGUCCGUUUCCGCCUCAGCCGAGGCCUCCCUCGUCCUUGUUAGUGGCCUCUCCGUUGAUAUCUCCGACUUCCUGACCGAUACUAUCGUUACUUCCCUGAGCAUCAACCUCCGCAGUGCUCUCGGCCUCCUCGCUGCUGGUGAGAGCGCUGCCGUCCUCUCCUGGGAUGCUCGUGCUGAGCUGGCUGCCUUUCUCGGUGGUUGCACGGGAAUUGAAAUCAGCGUCAACAUUCAGCUCAUUAUAAUCGAGUGGUUCACUGGUUGUAGCAUUCCCGGUGCUCCCGCUUCAUCUGCUUCUAUCCCUAGCUUACCAUCUGCCACUCCUAUCGGUGUGUCCAGCACUAAUCUGGUUCCCUCUGGCUUCAUCACCACUGCUUCGGUUCCAUCCAUAAGCAUUCUCCCCAGUGGUAUCCACACCGGCUUUGCAGGUUCGGUCUCCGCCUCCGUUCCCUCCGGUCCCGCUUCUACUGGCACCGCUGCCGGCAAAGAUGCUUCCUCAACUGCUUGCAACACCAAGAACUCCCCAGCUAUUGCUUCGACUGUUAUCUUUACCGGUCCCUCUGAAAGUGCUCCUACUGGUAGCUCCCAGGCCGACUCUGGCUCGCCUGGAAACGGAUUGUCUGCCUCCAGCUCUAGCGAGACAUCACGGGCUUCGUCCACUGUUGGUGCGCCAGCUCCCACUAUAGCCCCUAUUGGCUCCGUGUCGGGCUGGUUCUCCAGCUCCUGGACCGAGACCGUCACCAUUUACCACACAGUUUACGCUUGCGAGUAA